GAAUGGAUGCGAAAUUUAGUAUUUCAAAAGAAAUUCUUUAAUUGUUAUAUCUGUUGCCGGCUUUUCCGUAUUAUUAUUUAUUUAUUAAGCAAGACUUAAUAAUUUUUUAAUUGUUCGAUAUUUUAUAUCGAAAAGUACAUAUUUGUUACAAAUUAUCGAGAAGUAAAUAUUUGUUACAGAUGGAUUUAUUUGAGGAUCUGCCUGAGCCAGAAAGAAAGAAAGAUUCAACUCUGCCUGAAUCAAAAGUACAAGAUUGGAAUAAUGUCAAUAUGGAAUUUUUUUUGGAUUUACCUUUGCCUUCCUCUACAUCGAGUGAAGUUAGAGGAGUGAAAAGAAAACUGAACGAAUCGGAUCCUGAUUCAUCAGUUACUGAUCACGCAGAAGAACUGUAUGAUGUACAAGGGUAUUAUGCAGAAAAAAAAGGAGAACGUGAAGAAAUGCAAGAUUGUCAUGUGGUGAUAAAUGACUUUCACAAGCAUGUGCCUCAGCUUCAUCCAUCUGUCUCUCGACUCUCAUACUAUGCAGUGUUUGAUGGACAUGGAGGAAGCAGAGCAUCAAAAUUUGCAGCUGAUCAACUGCAUGUAAAUCUGGCUCUCAAAUUUCCCAAGGUUUCAUUUCUUCAGAUUGAAAAAGAGAUAAAAAGAACUUUGAUAGAAGUUUUUAAAAAAACAGAUGAAGAAUUUUUAAAGCAUGCGACAAAAACAAAGCCAUCCUGGAAAGAUGGAACUACUGCAAUUGUUGUUUUAGUUAUUCAGAAUAUUUUAUACAUUGCUAAUCUUGGAGACAGUAAAGCUAUACUGUGUAGAUAUAACAAAGAUGCUGAGAAAUAUGUUGCAGUUCCAUUAAGCAUUGAUCAUUCCCCAACUGAUUAUAAAGAAAGAAUGCGGAUACAGAAGGCAGGAGGCUGUGUACGUGAUGGUAGAGUAAUGGGCAUUAUAGAAGUUUCAAGAUCUAUCGGUGAUGGACAAUACAAAGCACUGGGAAUAACAUCUGUUCCUGACAUCAAGAGAUGUCAGCUUUCUGAUAAUGAUGCUUUUAUUCUUUUGGCUUGUGAUGGAUUGUGGAAAGUAUUUACUUCAGAACAAGUCUUAGAAAUAGUACUUAGUUCCAAAAAGGAAUGUACUGAUGGAGACCAAGAAGAAAUUUGUUAUGAAACAGCAUGUAAUAAACUUGUUAAUGAAGCAGUACGCAAACAUAGUGGAGAUAAUGUCACUGUAGUUAUUCUUUCAAUUAGAAAGCAUCAUUAAAAUAUAUUUUACAUUUGUUCUGCAUAAUUUUUACAAGAUGUUUCUUCUUUCAUUUUCAAAACGAUAAUAACUCUUAUAUGAUUAUGAUGCAGUUUUGAAGACUUUAAGUUUCCUUCCUAUGUAAAAAAACCAAUGCUGCCAUCUUCUCCUCUUUUCUUUCUUUCUUUUCUUGCCGUCUUGUCCUUCUUCCUUUCUUUCUUUCUUUCCUUUCCUCUUUUUUUUUUUUUUUUUUUAAAUCUAGGCUGAGUAGUUAGUCAACAGACCAUCAUUUCAUGUAGUGAUAUGUAUAUUACUAUUCCUUUGUAUGUGUAUAUAAAAACUCAUCAUUUAGAAAUUGUGAAAUUUCAUGUAUAAAAUUAUGAUCUCAAGCAGUUUCUAGAAAUUUUGACAUUUUAAGACAUUAAUAUCAAACCUUAUAACUUACUACAUUAAAAAUGUAUUUUAACAAUUGUUUUCAAUUUUUUAUUUAUCUUUAAGUUUUCUUGAUAAUUAUGAGGCUUCUUGGUAAGAUAAACUAGUAUAUUAAGCAUUGCAACACUAGAGUAAGGGAUAUAUAUUAUAAAUACAGUAGCAUCUGUAGUUUUAUGCAUGCUCAUUUAUGAAUGAUUAAGUUUUUUUAAUUAUUUAGUCUAGUUUAUUUUUUUCUACAUGUCUUUAAUAUGAAGUUAGAAAUCAUGUUAUUUAAGUCAAAAGUCAUCAGUAUGUUUUUGAAAGAAUUUUUAGAAAUUGUAAAUAGAAACUUUUGUUCUAACUUAAUAAUAUUUUAAAUAUUUAUUCAGCUUCAUUAAAAUUGUUUUCAGAGAUAGAAGCACGUUAUUUGAUUUCAAAGUGUUUCUUUUUUUAAUGAAUUUGUUUAAAAGCUGCUAAAAACUUUUGUAAUAAGUUUUUUUUUUUAAUUUCAUGGCUUUCAGUGUUUGCGGAUGAAAAUAAUAAAAAAAAGGUGUUUAAAAUAGUCUGAUUCUAAUUUUAAACAUUUCGUGCUUCAUAUCAAACUAAUUGAAAUUAAUUAUGUACUAUUAAUUUCAAAGUCUCAGUAUUGUAGUCUUCAGUUUCAAAUCAAAAAUGGCUGUUUUUAAAUGUUAUGUUCAUUUAAUGAAGAAAGUUAACUCCAAACAAACAAUUAAUAGCAUGUAUAUGUAAUUUUUACUAAAAUCACAUUAUGGAAGAAAAUGUUAUAUUUUCUUUCAUAAAAGAUUGCAUAGUUGUUUUUUGUAUUGAAAAUGAAAUUGGGAUUAGUGUAUAAGGAAUACUCUUAGCAGAGUCUUCUCUAGAAUUUUUUUACCACCACACUAUCAAAACAUUUAUCAUCCAUAUGAUUUCGCAGGUAUUUCCAUUGCAUAAAAUAUAAGAUCUGAAAUUUAUCUUUCAGUGUGAUCUUGUGAAGAGUCAGAUUUCAGAGUGCUGCCAUUUGUCCAAGUUAUUUAUGUUUCAGACUUCAUCAGGCUAUAAUUGCUUAAGGAACUUAAAAAGAUUAAUGCCUUUUUUAAAAAUAAAUUUUUUUUUAUAUUAUUUUUUGUAAUUAAAUGGAUAUAAUUUUGCUCAUGUACAUAACUUGAAUUGUCAUAAAUAACAGAAAACAUUUAAUACUUUUUACACAUAAAAAAAUAAGAGGAGGUUCAGUUAUGGAAGGAGAUGAUGAAUACUACUGUAUUUAUGCACGUAUUUCCACCCUAACGUUUUUUAGCACAUGGUCCUUUUGAAAUGAGAUGGCCAUGUCAUUACUGUGUAACUAUAAAAAAAGAAAAGAAUUUUUACUGUACUUUUCUUGCUAAACCGUUGGAGGAGGGGGGGUCACCAGAGUGUUGUUACACAAAUGUGCAAAAUAAAAUGAUGAAAUAUAUUUAGUUUGGUGUAGUUAAUUUUUGACAGUUACAGUCCAUUGUUUAUAGUAAAUGGCUGAACCAUUUUGAAUAAUUCUGUAGAGCCUGGAAGAAAUUGGCAAAUACAUUAACAACUUGUAGAAUGAACAAUUUUGCUGUCACUUUCAGUUUGAGCAAAAUAUGGAUUUACAUUUAUGAUUUUUACUGCUCAAUGCUGAAAGAAAGGGGUGAGUUAUACUUGAAAUAUUAUGUAUUAUUAACUGGUACAUUGAGAAAAUUCUGAACUAAAUUUGUGUGAUUAUUUGUAAUUAUUGAUACGUGUAGCAAAAAAUGGGUACAAAAAUGAAAGAUGUUCUCUCUUAAAAGAAAACUCAAAGAACUAUUUUAUCAGAACUGCAGACCUGUGUGUCCAGACACAUUUCAAAUUCUUGAUUUGUAUAUGUACACUGAUUAAAAUAAAUAAAAGGAUGACAGUUCUGUA